CAAAUUUUGAGACGAUUGAGUUAGAGUUUGAAGAUCGAACUACACUAAAAUGGAGACAUUUACCUGUAAAUAUCAAGCCAGUUUCGUUCUGGCGAUAAUAAAUAUCAAAAGACUAAGAAGUUGUCUUCCGGCUGAACUCCAUAGGACGUUCCUUGUCUUUCCAUACCGAAAUGCUGAUGGCCAUCAUGUUUUUUGCUGCAUUGACAUCGCGGUUCCAUAGUAUCUUACAGGUUUUGCAAACAAGGAUACUACAGCCACGCACGGUGUCUAAUGCUUUCAAUGUGUCUGAGCGACAACAAUUGCAUAUGCGUGAUGUCAAGUAUUCAUCAAUUGUAACGGCAAGGAGAUCACCAGCAGUCUCUCUUCGCUUCAAUGCACGCCACAGAACACCAACGAUACCAGUUCUAAGGCCUUUUAGAUGAACGGCGGAUUUAUUGAACAUGCCGUCACCAAAUACAACCAGAGGAACUUUUUUGCGAUCACUCAGCCUGAAUUUCUC